AUGCCGUCAACCUUGGCCUCCGAUCGCCAGCCAGACGUGGCUCUUGUGUGCGAAGAUGACGCCCCUUACGAGCAAGAUAUUCUGAGGAACCCCGGGAGCAUCAGGCCAUGGCUCUCCUACAUCGAAUAUAAACUGCAGCAUGGAACACUACGCGAGCAAGCCUUUGUCAUGGAGCGGGCGUGCGUUCAGCUGCCGCGGUCAUACAAGCUCUGGAAGAUGUUCAGGGUGAACCACAUUUCCAAGCUUAACCCCGCCAUUUUUGCCACCGAGUAUCAGAAAGUCAACGCCUUGUUCGAGCGUGCCUUGAUCCUUUUGAACAAGAUGCCCCGGAUAUGGGAGAUGUAUCUCAAGUUUCUGAUGCAGCAGCCCCUUGUGACUUUUACUCGGCGCACAUUCGACCGCGCCUUGCGAGCACUCCCAAUUACCCAGCAUAAUAGGAUAUGGGCUCUUUAUAGGCCCUUCGCAAACUCGGCAGAGGGAAUCACGGCUGUGAAGAUCUGGCGGCGGUACAUGCAGGUUCACCCCGAGGAUGCUGAGGAUUUCAUCGAGCUCCUCAUCCAGUGCGGGCUGUACACCGAGGCUGUCAAGAAGUAUAUCGAGAUUCUCAACAAUCCAAAGUUUCAGAGCAAGAAUGCAAAGGGUCAUUACGAGCUCUGGAGCGAGAUGGUCGACUUGCUCGUUGAGCAUGCCGUUGACAUCGAGACGGGCCACGAAACCGGCAUCGACGUGGAGCGCAUCAUCCGGAGUGGGAUCGAGCGGUUUAGCGACCAACGCGGAAAGCUUUGGAGUGGUCUGGCCACAUAUUGGAUUCGCCGGGGAAAUUUCGACCGAGCGCGGGAUGUGUUUGAAGAAGGCAUCACGACGGUCAUGACAGUGCGAGACUUCACAAUGAUUUUUGACGCAUAUGUCGAGUUCGAGGAGUCCGUCAUCGGGACCCUGAUGGAAGCUGCAUCUAGACGUGCUGAGAAGGGCGUUGUGGACGAGUCCGCUGACUUCGACCUUGACAUUCGCAUGAUGCGCUUUGAGCAUCUCAUGGACCGUCGCCCAUUCCUCCUGAACGAUGUCCUCCUGCGGCAAAACCCCAACAAUGUCGCUGAGUGGGAAAAGCGGGUUGCCCUGUGGGGCGAUAACAAGGAAGAGGUGGUGAAAACAUACACCGACGCUAUUGCAGCCAUCAAUCCAAAGAAAGCUGUCGGUGCAUUCCACCUACUCUGGGCCAACUAUGCCAAGUUUUACGAAAAAGCAGGCGACUUGCGUACAGCCCGCAUCAUCAUGGAGAAGGCCGUCAAGGUCCCAUUCAAGUCUGUUAACGAACUCGCCGAUAUGUGGAUUGAAUGGGCUGAGAUGGAAUUGCGGAACAAGAACUUCGAUGAGGCAGUCAGGAUUAUGGCCAAAGCUACACAAGCUCCUAAGAGAUCAACCGUUGAUUACUUUGACGAGUCUCUCUCGCCACAACAGCGAGUCCACAAGAGCUGGAAACUCUGGAGCUUUUAUGUCGAUCUGGUGGAAAGCACGAGCUCACUGGAGGAGACCAGGAAGAUUUAUGAGAGAAUAUUUGAGCUCCGCAUCGCGACCCCUCAGACAGUCGUGAACUACGCCAACCUCCUGGAAGAACAUCACUACUACGAAGAGUCGUUCAAAAUCUACGAACGUGGCCUUGAUCUGUUCAGCUAUCCUGUCGCUUUUGAGCUGUGGAACCUCUACCUUACCAAGGCAGUCGAUCGCAAAAUCAGCAUUGAACGGCUUCGCGACCUUUUCGAACAGGCCAUUACCGACUGCCCACCCAAAUUUGCCAAGGUGCUUUACCUCAUGUACGGCAACCUCGAAGAGGAGCGUGGUUUGGCACGGCACGCUAUGCGCAUCUACGAGCGCGCCACGCGCGCAGUCGCCGACGAAGACCGGGCCGACAUGUUCAACUUUUAUAUUACUAAGUCCGCAUCCAACUUUGGUCUGGCCUCUACGCGGCCAAUUUAUGAACGGGCAAUUGCAACGCUGCCCGAUAAUGAGGCUCGUGACAUGUGCCUGAAGUUUGCUGAUAUGGAGAAGCGUUUGGGCGAGAUUGACCGCGCCCGUGCUAUCUACGGACAUGCAUCACAGUUCUGCGACCCCCGAACCAAUCCUGAAUUCUGGGCUAAAUGGGAGCAAUUUGAAGUCCAGCAUGGCAAUGAAGAUACAUUCAAGGAGAUGCUUCGCGUGAAGCGCAGCGUCCAGGCCAAGUACAAUACGGACGUCAACUUUAUUGCAUCGCAAGCGCUUGCUAGGAGUCAAAUGUUGAAACAACAGCAACAGCAACAACAGCAACAACAACAGCAACAAUUGCAGCAACAGCAGCAAAACGGCAGCUCUGGCGCGGGAGAUCCCGAGGUUGCAGAUGCUAUGGCGCAGCUGGAACGGCAAGCUCGGGCCCCAGCUGGGUUUGUGGCCGCGUCUGAGAAUAUCAAGGGCACCAUUGCGCCGUCAACCCAGUCGGUUGAGGUGUCUAACCCGGACGCCAUCGACCUCGAUGAUAUGGAUGAAUGA